ACGGAAGCUACACACGAGAAGUGGAGAUUGGUGGCCGAGAGCAGCAAGCCGUACUUUAGCAUCAGUCGUGCACUAGAAGAAUUUUCAAAAGACUUGGAGCGGCAGAUGGAAGACAUGACGGCGAUGCUUAGUCUAGGGGAGGAGGGAGCGUGUGCGGGCAAGGACGGGGACGGGGAGGGGAGGGGA